AUAAGAUUGAUACAGACGAUAAAGAUUUUGGUUAUCUGUUGGUCAUGUUCAUGUCACCGGAUUUUAAACUGAAAAAUAAACUUAAGACGAUAAGACACAAUUUGAAAUCUCUUAGGAAACCGGUGACCUAGAGUAAUGCAUCUAAAAGUCGAAUUAAUUUUGAUGAUCCUUUUACACUCUGUGGUGACAAUGGACUGGAAACUGGAAGCCAUUGUUUCCGACCUUGUACACAGAAUGAUGAGUAGCCGCAACAUUUCUACGAGCAUUCCUGUCGAGUACCAGUCCCUAACAGAAAACAGUAACGCCCGCGGGAACUCCCAGGGCAGCUACCACUCCGCCGUACAGCACCAUUACCGCUACCUCCGGAUCAAUGACUUCGCCAUGAGCAAGACCUUGGACGACCGAGCCCGCAUAGCCGCAUUUGUGGCCAGAACAGUAGCUGUCAUGUCUGGCAAGAGGACUGCUGAAGAAGUACAACCUCUCUUACAAGAUCCCCGGAUGUUGAAAAUAUUCUACAAAGCAUUUGAACCAUACUGCUAUGAUGAGCCCAAGUGCAACUUUAACUAUCCGUACAGAUUAACUUGUGGAGCUUGCAACAACCUGAGAUACCCACUUCUGGGCAAAGCUUUCACCGUGUACCGCAGGAUCGUGCCAUCAAAUUAUGAAGACGGUAUCGAAAUGCCGAGGGUUAAAAGUAUAGACGGCCACCCCCUCCCCAGCGCCAGGAGGGUCAGUAAUGUGGUCCACAACAGUAACAAUCAAGUCCAGGUCAGCGCCCGCUUCACGCCAUAUUUGACCCACUUUGGACAAUUUCUUGACCACGACAUUACCAGUACUCCAGUUAUGACAGAUUCUGACGCAAAUAUAAUAGAAGACUGUUGCAUACAUCCAAACAGAGUUGAGUGCUUCAACAUUGCAAUUGCUGAUGACGACCCAUUCUAUACCAACCCAACACAAAAGUGUAUGCAUUUCGUGCGCUCGGACAUCGGUCCAGUUCCUGCAUGCGAUACUGGGAUAAGACAACAGCAAAACCAGAGAUCCUCUUUUAUUGACGGCUCGGCAAUUUAUGGAUUUAAUACAGCGAAGCAGAACUCGCUGCGGGAAAAGCGAGGAGGAUUAUUGAGGGUAAGCUCACUCCAUGCCUACCGCCCGGGGGUGCUACCAGAAGGAGAUGACUCUCAGUGUGAGAAUGGCCACAAUGGAAUGCUUUCUAGAAGCCCCAUCAACCAUUGCUUUGACGCAGGAGACCAUAGGCACACAGAGAGCCCUUUGCUCACCGUCGUCCACAUCAUGUUUCUACGUCGCCAUAACCAGAUCGCCGAGGCCUUACAGCAAGCCACUGGAAUCUUGGAUGACGAAGUCUUGUUCCAGGAGACCAAAAGAAUCGUUGUUGCAGAACUAAAUCAUAUAACAUACAACGAAUAUCUUCCAGAAAUCAUGGCGCCAGAAUUUAUCAAGUAUUUUGGGCUGAAAUCGAAAAGCAAGGGGCACCACAAUGUGUAUGACCCCAAUGUGGAUCCCCGCGCUAUCAACAGCUUCGCAGCGGCUGCGUACAGAUUUGGUCAUAGUUUUGUACAGAGUGUGGUUGGACAAGACAACGGGAGAUCCAUCAUGGAAGACCCACUCAGAAACAACUUCGACAAUCCUACACUGAUAAAUUUCCCGCAGAAUGGCGGAUGUGAGUACGUAGCAUCGUGGAUGGCGAACACGGGUAAAUCGGACAUGGAUCGUUUUGUAACCAGCGAUCUCAGAAAUCGUCUGUUUGAUGCUUCGCCCACGGGCUCCCCUACUACCAGCCCUGGGGCCACGCUCAGCCUUGACCUUGUGGCUCUGAAUAUACAGCGUGGGAGAGACCACGGUCUGCCCGGAUACAACGUCUUCAGACAAUGGUGUGGAAGACCCAAGGCAGAACACUUCGGGACGUGGGCCCUCGGGCUUGUCGACCACAGUGAACAGUCGGCUGCAAUACUACAGUCAAUUUACAGACAUCCUGAUGACAUUGAUUUAUUUGCUGGCGCUCUGUCGGAGAAGAGUCUCGGUAGAUCUCUGAUGGGUCCAACGUUCAGUUGUAUAAUAGGGUUCCAGUUUAACAGGCUGAAGUACGGCGACAGGUUUUGGUAUGAAAACGACUUCCCUCAGACAGGCUUCACUAAAGAGCAAGUCGUGGAAAUUAAGAAGGUGACGAUGACCCGGAUGAUGUGUUCUACCAUGACCAUGGGCUCCCUUCCCGUCCUACAACCUCACCUGUUCCGGAGACAGACCACCCCCGGAAAUCGACCAUUAUCGUGCAGUCAGCUACUGAGACAAGAUUCAAUACUUGGAUUUAACAUCGAGCCUUUCGCGAGGGAGCUGCAAAGGCUCGGGGGUAGGCGCCAUCGAAGCAGCAUGGACUCGAACAUUCCAUCUUAUUUCUUACCACGAAGCUCCAGACAAACAGGAUCUCAAGUGUACUGAUUCCGUGUGAAAGUGUGGUAUUUAACCACACCCCUACCCCACUUCAUAUUUGUGUGUAUCUGUGUGUGUGUGUGUGCAAUGAUGAAAGAACAAAUGAAACCUAUUGUUCUAUUAUAUUAUUUCUUGCCUUGUUUCAGCUGUAACUUGUGGUGUAUCUCAUUAGAUAUCAGAAAAAAAACAAUGUUGUGUAUUGUUCUCUUUUUUUAGGAUGACCAAAUAGGAAUA